CCAUCUCACUUUCACCAAGGGCCUGAACCCAUACUAGUCCAUUUUUUUUAGCAUCAGUUCUUCCAACAUCUUUGAACUACAAGCCAACCAAAAAGAAAGAACAAAUAUCCUUAGUCAUGAACUGAUGAACUGAUAAACCUAGCUAUGUAGUCAUCUCAGCCAUUCUCAAGUAAUGUUACUAUAUAACCUAGGUCCGACUGUCCAUCACUUUGUUCUUCCGUUGCAGUAGAAGCCUGAGUCGAACAAAAGGAUGAAAUAUGGAGAGUUCAUAACACACUUUCACCAUCAACACAAAUUAGGAUUCGAGUAUUCAGAAACACCGUUCAAAUGUGAUGGCUGCAAAGAAGUUGGAAUUGGUUCGCGUUACAAAUGCAAUACCUGUGAUUAUGAUUUACAUACCCAUUGUGCUCUUCCUUCCCAAUCUAUAAUUCAUCCUUUCUACCGUAAAUGUUCUUUCCAAUUCAUGUCUCGACCACCAGGUAACAUCCCACGUUAUUGUAAUGCUUGUCAAAAGGAUGUUAGUGGGUUUGUUUAUCAUUGCAAAUUAUGUGGAUAUGAUCUUCACCCAUGUUGUGCUAAGCUCCCUACAGUUCUUGACGAUGGGGACUUCAAGCUCUUUCUCUAUCGGAAAGUGAGUGCUUCCUGCCAUAAGUGUGGACGCAAAGGACGGAGUUGGAGUUACCGUUCCAAGUGUAAGAAGUAUAAUUUACAUGUAGCUUGUGUUAGAGAAAUGUUAGUUGAGAGUUGGCAUGAAUUGUACUACGGGAGUGCCAAUAGUAAUAUGAGUCAAAGUAAUUGUAAUACUAGCACUACUGGUAAUUGUAGGAACUUGAAUUGUAGUAGUAAUAACAAUUAUGCGAAAUUGGAAACGAGAAUUCCUAGUUUAAAAGGAACACUUCAGAAUCAUCAUCGGAGGAGUAAGAGGAAUAAAGUAAAGAAAUGUUGCGAGAUGGCUGCAAUGGCUAUUCAGUUCAUUAUAUCAGCUGUUCUUGGUGAUCCUACUGUUAUGAUUGCCGGUGUUGUUGGGUCCUUAAUGUCUAAGUAAUACUGUUGGUGUUGUAUGUUGUCCAUCAGUUGGGAACUAAAAGUUCAACAAUGAUGUAUUAGUGUCAUUAUCCUUGUUCAAGAAAUGAAUCAGUUUUUCACUUUUUCUUUUC